UUAUAAAUCUUUCAUAUUUCUGAGAUCAUAAAAGAAUGCCCAUAAGAGGAAGAAAUGUAACUUCACUUCCUUUAUAUGCUUUGUGCACCUUAAUUGUUUCAUUGUGGGGAAAUACAAAGCUGAAACUAUGGAGCUUUUGUUUAUCAUGUGUCUUUCUACUGCCACUUUCCUCCUCCCAGUUCCCAGACUGGAACACGCAAUUUGAAACAGGUCAUCACAUAAAUAUAGCUGAAAAAGAAGAAAAAAUCCCACCUACAAGAUCAUAUGUGGCUGGCCUUUUCAGCAGAAGACAUUUAUUAUGUACAGGAACUUUGAUCAAAGAGAACUGGGUGUUAACAGCAGCCCACUGUUUCCCGAAUGAAGAUACAUACGUUAUUCUUGGUGGUACCUCACGAACAAAAAGAGAGCGAGGAAAACGUGUUGCUAACAUCACUAAAAUAUUUUCAUAUCCAGGCUUUAAUCUGCUGACCUUUGAACAUGACAUUAUGCUUUUGCAGAUUCAAGUAAAAGGAAGGCUCAAUCAAGACAGAAAAGCUGUUCCACUUCCCAAAAUAUCUGAAGACAUCAAGCCAGGAACCCAGUGUCUAGUAAUUGGAUGGGGAACUAUUAAUCAAAGAAUAGGAUUUGACAUACUGCAUGAAGUUGAUGUCAUUGUCAUUGACAGAAAUGUCUGCAAUGACAACAAACACUAUCAUUCUCAUCCUAUUGUGACAAGAAAUAUGCUGUGUGCCGGUGACAAGGCACAAAAGACAGAUAAAUGUUGGGGUGACUCUGGUAGCCCUUUAAUAUGCAAUGGACAACAAAGAGGCAUCACCUCCUUUGUUAAAAAAUGCAAUGACUACAGAUAUCCUGGAGUCUAUACUCUGCUCACAAAGGACCAUCUCUCCUGGAUACAGACAGUAACAAAUCCCUAAUGUCAUUUAUUUCAUGAUGGGGAAAGGAGAAAUUGUCCCACACCCAAGGACAGCUAUAGGAUAUAUAUAGACAGCUGGAGCUUUAUCUAUCCGCUCAAGUCCAUUUCCAAUCCACUAGCUGCACAACAGCAUCAAUGCCUCUGACAAGGAAGAUUUCAUCAUGAACAAAAAAAGUGUAUGAGUCAAAUAUAGAACUGAAAUUCAAAUCUAGAAUACUGCUGGCCCUCCAACCCUAAUCCUAGCAUUGAAAAGACUAGUUGCAAAGCAUAUCAGUUCAUUCACCACCACCCACAAUCCUAGUUUGGGUUCCUGAAAUAUAGCAGAUGCAUAGGAUGCAAAUCAAGACAAAUUGGUACACUUAAAUUUCACUAAUAUACAAGAUCAGUGAUUAACUCAGUUAAAAGCACAUGGAUUUCCAUUUAAGAGGUGCAUCUAUGUUUCUCCAGUUUGGGCCCAUGGGUAAUAUAUCUCUCCUUUGGCUGGCAGGUCCUUCUUAAACUAAAUGUUGGUUAUCUCUCAAGAACAUUGUGAAGGUACAUGCAAAAACUUCUGCAUAUGUAUUGGUACAACUUUGAAGGCUACCCUUUGAGACCCUGAACUGGAAAAUAACCUUUUAAGCACAAGGCAGGCACAGUAAGGAGGUACUUCAGAACCCACCUUGUAAAAGCAGUUUUCUUUUAUGGAAUGGGCUAGCCCAAGGCAUCUUUUAGUAUUCAAGGCCAGUGGUUAUUUUGGCAAUUUAAGCAAGACUUUGGUAUGGUAAAAAUUUAGGAAAUAAUCACCGCUGCCUCAAACAAGUGGGAUGUACAACAUACUGCAAGGGAAAUAAGAAUACCACUGGCUCUAUCAGCCAUCUUGAACACUUGACAAAGAAGAAAAACUAAAAUGAAAAUUAGGAAAUAAACUGCUAUGGAAAGGAUACCUGCCUGGAAGCCUGAAUGCCUAACAGAGAUCAAUAUUGUUAAGUUACCUGGACUUAGGAAUCAGAAGUUUUGAAAAAAUACUACAUAAUCCUCAGGGCCACAAUGUGUUUUAUCAACCAGAUUUGCAAACAAAUCUGCUGCCAUUAGUAUCUACUUUAAUUAGUGAAGGCUCUUCCAUAUGAUUUCACACAACAGAGUGCUCCAUCACUAAAAGAAAAUGUUAGCUCAGGUACUAUAAAUGCCCUAGUUUGUGUGAAUCAUCCCAAAGUCUGAUGAUAGACAUGAAAGGUACACUGAGAUACAUCUUCAGGUACAUCUACAUAUCCACUUAAUCCGGGGCUAGUUGGGAGCAUUGUACCCCAGACUAGCCCUGGACUAAACAAGACAGCAACCAUAUGCACUGGGCCAAAUUGUUGUGCAUAUGGGCCAGCCGGGCUGAUACAUUAACCCACCUGGCCAUUCCCAGCAGUGCUGCCAAUCUCCCUGUGAGAACUUGCCUGGUGCAUUACUGCAUCUACUGAGGUCAGAACAGGGCACCCAGACACACGAUCAAUAAGAAGAGAG